AUGAAGGCCUUGUUGGCAGAUCACGAAGCCCAGGUGGUCCAAGAUCAACUCAGGUUGCAACUUCGUCAAGGGCGAUUGAACACUCCCCCCUCUGCUUCUACCCUAAGUGCCAAUGCCUAUGACAUGCUCUCUUCCGGGGCAGCUGGUGGUGCUGGUGGGGGGCGAUCCUCUCUUUCUCUUCCAGGUGGGUCAGCCGCGGCAGCAGCCGUAGCGGCAGAAGCAGGAAACUCAAGGGCAUCGUUGGAAGGCGCCAGCUUGUCGUCGGCAGCUCUUUUGCUACAGCAGCAGCAGCAGCAGUCUCCGGCAAGUCAACGGGCACGAAUGUUGGGAUUGGGUGGUAGCCAGCCGCAGUCGCAGCAUGGUUCGCUCUUGAGGGCCAAUGGCACCGCUUCGUCUGGGGGCAUGAACAAUGUCAUACUCCCCAAUGGUCUACGAGAAGAAUCCAUGUUCUUUGGCAAGAUCUCUCGCGAGACAUCGGCUGCCGCGGCUGCCGUUGACGUUGCACUCGAUGUGCAGUCGCGACAAGGAGGCAACAAGAAGUACGAUGACGGCCGUGGGGGGAAUGAGAACUCCAAGCUUGAUGACGACCAUCCUUCGGCUUCACUUCGAGACAGCUCCAAUUCAGCAGCAGCAGCGACCGCGAACGCUGCUGAAGGAGUAGGAGAAGAACCUGAGGAAGAGGAUGAAGAAGACCGAUUGGAUGAUGACGAGUACUUUCGUCGGCACCAUCCUCCUGCUAGUGGAGACAAUGCGGGCUCUUCCAACGAAGCAGGUGGGAACUCGUAUCCCAUGGCCCGCGAAGCUUUCCCUCUCAAGUUGUACCGCAUCCUUUACGAGGCUGAACAGAACGAACAAGACGAUAUCAUUUCAUUCUUCCCCCAUGGACGAGCCUUUGCCGUACACAAGUCCAAAGAGUUCACACGCGAUAUCAUGCCCAAGUACUUUCCUGCAGGGCGCAUGAACACGUUCUUGAAGCAGCUCAACUUGUAUGGAUUCCGGCGAAUCACCGAAGGGCGGGACAAGGGUGGCUACUUCCACAAGGACUUCUUGAAAGGCAAAAGGCACAUGUGCAAGAAGAUCAAGCGAAAGAAGGUGCAUGUCAACAAGGCCCCUCCUCCCACACCAGCCCAACACGCGCCCGCAUUCUUUUCGCACCCUUCCUUUGGGCGCAUGGGGGCGUCGAAUCUUCCUUUCCUUGAUCAAUUGUCGUCUACCUUUGGUAGCAGCAGCAAUCUGUCUCAACAGCAGCAGUUACUGCAACACCAACAACAGUUGCUUCAGCAGCAGCAACAACAGCAGCAGCAGUUGCUCUCUGGGUUGCAGCUCUCAGGUUCUGCUUCUAACGCUGCUUCAAUGUUUGGCAAUGCUGCGUUCAAUCGCGAACGACUUCUUCUGGCGUCUUCCAGCACGGAGAACGUGGCUCAGAAUUACAUGCAAGAUCUGUCAUCACCCAGCUCGGUCAACAACUCCGCAAGGCUCCAUCCAGCGAACUUCCAGAACUUCAAUGGGAAUAACCAUCCAAACCUUCGAUAG